GUCGUCUCAGCUAUAAAUUCCAGUUUCAGAAACAUUUCGAAAGGUCUGUGAGCAGCUUUUCCCACACUCUCUAAAUGUUACCGUCCGAUGACUAGACACGGAACGGGCCAUUACUGGCGUCUGGUGUGGAACAGGUUGAAAUAAUGCUGAGUUUAGACUGGGAUGAAGAAGGAGCCUAUACAUACACGUAUCUUAGUGAGGAUGACGUGGAAGGUGGAUGUGAGAGUGGAAACAACUCUGAACUGGAAGAAAUAGAGCUUGCAUUAUACAACCAGAUCCAUUAUCACCAUACCUCCACUGCAGAUGUAAUGUGUGAACUGAACUCAACUCUUCAAGAGCCAGUUGUGUGGGUUGGACCAGGGGGAGAUAACUCACAACGAAAACUUGUCUGCAAUGAGGCUUUAGGUGCCAUUGUUGCAAACUGGGAGGCAAGAGCAAAUGUGAUGUCAAGGUUGAAUGUACCAGCUUACAGGGAUCAGACAGUGUACACGUAUCAAACCUUCAUGGUUGUAUGAAGAGAAAGAGACUGGUCAGUGAUGGUGACCAACGUGAGGACAGCAUGUGGACAGCUCGGAGGAUGGCUAUAUCGGCCAGAUCUCGAGUGACUCCCAUGAAUCAGGAGAGGAUGACUCUGUGCUCAUGGAUCUCCAGCUCAACCUUAGUCAGGAGUCUAGCACAUGUGAAGGUGACUUCAAAUCUCCUCAAGGUGAUGGACAGGACUGGUCACUGAUUGAUGAGGACAUGCUAUCCCAAGGGCCUGCGUCCAUCCCACCAAGGUACUACAGACCAGACCGUGUCAAACCUCUCAAUAUAAGGUGUCGUAACUGUAACGAGGUCGGGCACUUGUCCAAAAUCUGCCCCAGACCUAAGAAACACCUGAUCUGUUACCUGUGUGGUGAGACGGGUCACAAUGUCCGCAGCUGUCCAACUUCUAUCUGCUACAACUGUGAGAAGGCUGCUGGUCACACGGCCAGAGAUUGUCCUUCAUCAAGGAAGAGACUUUGGGAGGUCUGCCAUCGCUGUCAGAUGCAGGGACAUCGGCAAUUUGAAUGUCCAGAACUAUGGAGACAGUACCAUGUUACAACCAAGGGAAGGCUGAACAAGCUUAAACUGAAGAGAAAUCCUCGUGUAUACUGCCAUAAUUGUGGAGGGAAAGGCCAUUUUGGAUUUGAAUGCACAGAGUGUCAGGUCAAUGCCCAUUCCCCAGCUGUUUAUCCAUUUAUAGCUAGAUAUGAGGAGUACAAGCCACAUGCCACAGACAGUACCAAGAGAAAAGAUCACCGGGUGUUCGGAAACACUGGCCCUUCAAGAAAGAAGCAAAAGUUAGAUGACCGCAGUGCAGGGAUGACCACAGAGUUAUCUGAUCAUGUCAAACAUGGGACAAAUCCUUUGGCCAAGUUCCAGUCUGAAAGACGCAGAAAACCAAAUCAGGAUAACAAUGUAGAAAGUGUUCACUAUGUGACAGAUUACAGCGUCACUGACAACAGUGUCAAGUCCAAGAAAGCAGCUGAUCGAAGAAAAUCUAUAAAGCAAAAGAAGAAAAACAAAAAGGCUGCAAAUCACAUCCCUACAGAUGAUCAAGAAAGGGGAGGUCUCAUCAAAGAGACAUUGAACAGUUGUAAAAAUGUGAAAAAUAGAAAGAAAAAAUCUAAGAAAAAAAACAAGGCUGUUUCUGGAAAGACUUGUGCACAAACGGUGGUUCAGACAAAGAGAGGAUUCAACAUCGUUUUACCAAAUGUAAAAGUUAAAUUUCAGGAUUAAUUUUUCUUCUAUUUAUUUUAGGAUAUGAUUGUGAUAUGAAUAUUAUUCUCUUAAAUUUUCUUUUGGAAAAGCUCAUAAUUAGA